AUGGUCAUUUUAACUUCACUUCUUUACUUAAACUUUGUAAUUAUACAAACCAAUGAAGACUUAUUUGAAAAAGUAAGUGAUAAUAAUGAUAGCAUAAUACCUGAAGUCACCUCUGGUACUAUAGGUCCCGUUGUCAUGCCAAAUUUAAACAAUUCUACACUCAAAGCCGAACUUGGACAAAGUAGCUGGAAAUUAAUACAUACAAUGAUGGCAAGAUUUCCGGAAAAUCCAACUGAAGAUGAAAAGGAAGCUCUUCGUAAUUUUGUUUAUUUAUUCGGUAGACUUUAUCCAUGUGGUGAAUGUGCUUCGGAAUUUCAAAAAAUUAUAAUAAUGUAUCCACCCCAGGUCUCUUCUAGAGAAGCAGCAUCUCAGUGGGCUUGUGCUGUUCAUAAUAUUGUUAACGAAAGAUUAAAAAAAGAAAUAUUUGAUUGUGGAAAAAUUGCGGAAAAAUAUAAAUGUGUUCCUUUCCACCACACUAUUAUCAAUACUAUGGUUCCUCCUGUGUUGAUUGACGAUGUCAUAAUGCUUAUAUUAGACCAUGUUGAUCAGAAAACACUUUAUUCAUGUUUAUUUGUAAAUAGUAAACUGUAUCAACUUACUCUACCAACGUUAUGGCGUUCCCCUCGAUUUAUGAAAUUCAGAAAUGUCUUGAUUUUCCAACAAUGUCUUCAACAAAGACCUCAUAUGGGAAAAUAUAUUAAAGUACUUUGUUUCAAAAGGCUUGGAUUUUGUAAUUAUCUUGACGAUGAACUAUUAAUUCAAAUAAUAAAAAGUUGUAAAUAUAUCACAAAACUCGAUCUCAGCUUUGCCGGCAUGAUUACGGAUUCAGCAUUGACGAUAAUAUCACAACACUGUUCUCAACUUAAUCAUAUUUGUUUAAAAGAUUGUAGAACUUUAACCAAUGAUUCAAUAAAAGCUAUCGCAAAAGGAUGUUUAAUGCUCAUUUCACUUAAUUUUGAAAGAUGUCUCAGUAUAACAUCUUUGGCCUUUGAUGAAUUAACCACCAAUCAUAAAAAUUAUGUAAAGAAAUUAGAUUUAACAUUAUGUAAAUGGGUUAACGAUGAUAUGGCACCAAUUAUUAGUAAAUUUCAUUCUUUAAAAAAACUCAAUCUCACCAACUGUACAGAAAUUACUUCUGACUUUCUUAUAACCCUUUCACCAAAUGUACCUAAUCUAGAAGAACUUUAUUUGGGUGGAGUAUUACGAAUUACAGAUGAAGGUGUCAUUCAAGUUGUAGAUCAUUGUCCAAAUCUUCGUAUCCUUGUUCUUUGUGGAUGUGAUAUUCAUGAUAGAACUUUACAUCAUAUUUCAAAAUUAAAAAAUCUAUACAAAUUAGAUGUCACUUUUUGUAUGAAUAUAACUCAUAAUGCAAUUCGAGCUUUAUUAUGUAUGAAUAUUACAAAGUUAAAUUAUGGAGAGUUAGAUAUUGAUGAAAGAACUUUGAUAUCAUUACGAAGAGAAUAUUUUCUUUCAUUAAAUGUUGCCAACUAUUGA